AUGAAAAUUACUUUAAAUGGCCAAAAGGGCAAAGGCAGAAAGAAGAGCAUUUCUAACACUACGGUUGAUGAUUCAACAGCACUCCAACAUAAGAAAGCCAAAGGCCAGAUGGUUGUUCCCGACUAUAUGCACUAUUAUAACACUCCCCAGGGAUUUUCGCUGAGAGUACCUCUCGAAAGAAAUUCAAAUACAAAUCAGAUUGUGCUUGGCCCAUCUGGAUUGUACAGUACACGUAAGCCAUCGCUUUUGACGGAAAAAGUUCCCAGUAAUGGCACAAAAUAUAGAGAAAGUGUGGAUUCUGACAUUGAAUUUCUUCUAACAUCGAGUUCGGAACGAUCAAGAGUUGUUGAAAUACCACGGAACCAGCACUUAUACGGCCAAAAAGCAAUAUCAGGCCACUUGGACAAUAAUAUAUUAAAAAGCAAUUUUGAUGGCAAUAAUGCGCUGGAAAACAAUUUGGACAACCAGAACAUGAAAAACAACCGUGAUAAAUGUGAAGGUGGCAAUGCAGAACUCAAAAACUCGUACUUCUCAAAAAUCGAUCAAAUUUUUGAUAUCAAAAAUGAUCCAAAGGAAAGACUAAAGCAUGAGGAAAAUAUCAACGUUUCUGAACUGUUAAAAACAAAGGAGGACGCACUGCGGGAUAUUCUAUACAAUAUUCCACACUACUUCUAUGCUUUGAAGAGUGAUAUUUGA